UCAAUUUCAAUCUCAAAAUAUUUAAUGAUUGCUGAAGAAAAUUUCUUCGUAUUUCAUAUAUUUCAGUCGCUAAAUAAUUAUGAAUAUGAUAAAGCUAUUGUCAUAACCGAGCAUCUAUUUGCAGAAAAUCCGAAUGAGAAAAAUUUGUUUUUAUUAUGCACAUCUUACUAUAGGAAAAAUUAUUAUAAAUUGGCUUAUAAUCUAUUUGAAUAUAAUCAUAAAUAUGUGUCAAGCUUUUUGCCUAAUAAAUUUUUAAAGGCUAGAAUUGCAUAUGAAUUACAGUAUUAUGAUAAAAUUGAAUCUAUCCUAUUUAGCAAUAAAAAGGAAAUUAAGCAAUGCAAAAAUUAUAAAAUUGAAGAUAUUGAAAAUUUAAUUGUUGAAUCAUCAAUUUAUAGAAGUAAAUUAUUUCCCAAUGAUAUCAUUGAUUUUAUUUUUGACUUCAAUAUAAGUCAAAUUUUAAAUUUUUUGGGAUCUUUUUAUAUAAAGCAAUGCAAUUAUAUAAAGGCAAAGAAUUGUUUACUUAAAAGUUAUGAAUUAGAUACAUUUCUAAAUUGGGAUGCCAUUAAAUUAUUGCAUCGAUUAUAUUUAGUUGAUACUGAUUUGAUAACGAAUCAGUCAAAGUUAAACCAUUUAUAUGAAAUAGGAAUUUUACCACCCAAUUUUCUCAAGAUUGCAAAUAAUAGUUUAUAUAUCACUAAUAAUAACAAAGACAGUAGUUUUAUACUUAAUGAAAAAUUAAACAUAAAUUUAUCACCUAAAACAGAAAUGUUAUCACCCCUAAAAACAAGUGAUGCAUCUGAUAAGGAAAAUAAAACAAAUAAUAAUAAAAAUAUCAUGACUAACAAAUUAAAAGCUCCAAAAAAGGUGAAAGUUAAACAUCAAAUAUCCCAUAGGAAAUGUAAAUUAUCCAAAAUUGAUCAGAAAAAUAUGUUAGAAAAGAUUUGUACUCCACAAACUUCUUUAUAUUUAACUAACGAACCAGAAAUCCCUAUUAACACACCUCCAUUUAUUGAUAUAGGAAAUCAAUAUGAUAAAUUAAUUAUAUCAAACGUUAAUUUGGAUAACAAAAUAACUCCUCCUUUUCAGGCAUAUAAUCUUGAUACUUUAGGUACAGGUACUACAAUGAAUGCAUUCCAUUAUAAUACUGUUACAUUGAAUAGUGAUAAAUUACUGAAAAAUAAUAAAGCUCAAAGGGUUACAAAUAACAAGAUCAACCCUAAAAAAUUAAACAAAAUAAAAAGUCAUCCAUAUAAAUGUUAUACAAAUGAAGUUCGCAAAAAAUUUUCUGACAAUUCAGAAUCCCUUACUUUGGAUAAAGUUAUUGAUUCAUUCGGAAAAGUCGAUUCAUAUUCUAAGAAUGAACAAAAAAUUACACAAACUAAUUUUAAAAAUGCAAAAAGAAGGAUUAUUCUUAAAGAUAAUAAUGAAACUAAUCUAUUUAAAGCAUUAGAUUUUAAAACUAAUAUUAAAUCAAAUACACUUGCUAGGAUUGACAAAUGCAAUCAAACUGAAAAUCUCAAUUAUGUUAUUGAAGGAGGACAUCUUAUUAGAAAUGUAGCUCAAGCUCUCAAUAUAAUAUCUCGAGCUCACUCUUACCUGUCGAGAUAUGAAACUGCGGAAGCACUGAAUGCAUUCCAACAAUUAGUUUCCGCCCACCAUGACCUUCCUUACGUGCUCUGUCUCAUAGCCAAAACCUAUUACGAAAUGACUGAUUACCACAAAGCAUGCGUCCUUUACGAAAAAGCGAUUAAACAGCGCCCUUUCAACAUAGACGGCUGCGAGAUUUAUAGUUCCUGUUUAUGGCAUUUGAAGAAACAUUACGAGCUAUCGGCGUUAGCUAGCGUUCUAUCCAAGGAAUACCGUUCCUCGCACGUGACUUGGUGCGUAGUGGCGAAUUGCUUCGGACUAGCUGGGGAUCACGAGCAGGCCAUCAAAUCUAUCAAGAGAGCUAUACAAUUGAAUCCUGAAAUGCCUUACGCUUACACUGUGCUGGGUCAUGAAUAUGUUAGCUCGGGAGAUUUAGAAAUGGGUAAUAUAGCCUUCCAAAACGCCAUCAAAAUCGACCAAAAUCAUUAUAACGCUUGGUAUGGAUUAGGUAUGGUAUCCUUCAAAUCUGAGAAAUAUCAAAAAUCAGAAUAUUAUUAUAAAAAAGCUUUAUCGAUAAAUCCAAAACGGGCUAUUAUGAUGUGCCAUCUUGGAAUAGUUUAUAAACAACUUUGUAAGUACGAUCAGGCCAUGAAAUGUUUCGAUGACACGUUGAAGAGUGAUCCAAAGCUAAUUUUAGCAAAAUUUUAUAGGGCCGAAUUGCUUUUAAAUCACCAAAAAAAUUACAACGACGCUUUAAGGGAAUUGAUGGAAUUGAGUCAAUUAGCCCCUGAUGAGUCUAAAAUUUACCAUUCCAUUGCUAAGGUGCAUGAAAAAAUGGGUCGUAAGAUAGAAUGUUUAAAAUAUCUAGACUGGGCCCUGUGCAUGGAACAGAGGCAUCAACGUGGAAAAAUUGGUCCCAAUACUAUAGGUAAUUUUUCGAACAAGGACAAGAUUAGACAAGAUAUUGAUAGGAUCACCACCUCUUUAGAAAUAAACCUUCAUUCUACGGAUCUUAUAACACAAAAUACAAUUGAGGGUAGUCAAAACUAUUCUUUCGCCAAUAAUGAAGAAUUGAGACUUGACGAAACGUCCGAAUCGAAAAACUCAUAUUUAAUGCAACACAAUUCUGGCGUAUUUGAGCCUAAUAUAAAAAUUGCGAGUCAUUUAUUGUUAUCAAAUGGGAACGACAGCGAGCUGAUACCUAACUUGCAAGCUCAUUUAUCCCUUGUAUUAGAUAAUCUACAUGAUAAACAUAACCAUAACUAUAAAAUUUUAAAACCAAUUAAGAAUAGUUGCGAUAUUAGUUCAAAUAAUGAUAAUAGUGUUAAUGAGUGUUCGUUGGAUUAUAACUUUAAUUCUAAUCAGAUAGCUUCUAGUUCAAGAUACAUGGAGCUAGAUUAAAUGAAGGAAUAUUUUAUUAUUAUGAUUAUUAGAUAGCAAUGCUA